UUUCUAUUUAGCAAUAAAAUAAAAUAUGUAAAAGCGUGUACUAUCGAUAUAUGUAUAUAAUAUAUUAGUCGUUACAAAAAAGAUGUUCAAGGCUUCAGAUAGUUUAACAACUUGUCCAUGAUUUGACGUUCAUUAGCCAACAGCACAUUAAGAAUGUCUUUAUAAUAUGUAUCUUGCCCUAACGUUAACUUGUAUAUUUGCUAUGAUAAUUUUGCCUGCCCCACCAUUAUACAGCGAAAUUUAUUCGAUGCAAGCUACCGAUAUUGUUCGAUGGCAGAGAAAUGAACAAUCUUAAACAGUGGGCUUGAUUUAAAACACGUUUCACGGCAACAGUAGUGUCGAAAUAUUUAAUUACAUUAAAAACGAAAAGAGGUAAAUAUUGAUAUUUAAAAAAAAAUGGCAUUCCGUGAAUUAGUUGAGGGUGACUGUGGUGGACCUAGUUCUUUGAUUCGUUUAACAUCACAUUUUGUACGUGAUCAUGGAUUCAAAGAAGAAGGAAUACGUCAUCCUUUUGAGCCUGUGGAACCUUUUCAAGCUUCAGAUUCAGAUCAGUUAGUUAAACAAUUUUUAGAAGAAAAUCCAUCAUGUCCUCAGACAUUUAGAAUGGAUAAUUUAUUACAAGAAAUGCGUGAAAUUGAUCAAAACAUUCAUCCACCUAUAGCAGCACCAGGAGUUGCUCAAGAAUUAACCAGUUUAGAUACAGCUUGGGCAAAUCAGUAUCUUGAAUCAGGACGUCAUUUUAAUGAACACCAUGCUGAUGAUAUUUGGAAUCCUGAAGUAGAACAAAAUUCAAAUAUUUUGGAUCCCCAAAAGCAUGAAUUGGGUUUAGGACCAAAAUGGGCUGAAGAAUAUAUAGAACAUAGUAUAGAUGCAAUACAGAGUAACAUAAAUAUGGAACACACAACACAGACAAUAGAAAAUACCGAUAAUCCUAAUUUUGAAUAUUCAAAGUUUAUGAAAUUUAUGAAACAGGAAGGAGAUAUUCCUAUAGAAAAUAAUCAAGAAUCACUGCCAGAUUUACACAAUACGAGCAAAGACUGGAUAGAACAGCAUGAAAAAGAUAAUCAAAAGCCUGAAGACAAAACUUCUACUAAUAAUAAUGAAGAAAGUGAGGUGCUGAGUACAGUAGAAAAAGAUUUAACUGUUGCUGGUAAUUGGAUAGAUGAAUUUCAAAAAGAAAAUGCUUCUUCAGAGGUAGAUAAUUAUGAGUCUACAUUUUUACGACUUCAAAACGAAUGGGAAAAAAUAACGUCGAGCGAAGAAUUAUCUUCUAAGCACCCGUGGCUUUCAGAAUAUGAUACUUUCUAUGAUCCAUUCAAAGAUUAUGAAUUUCACGAAGAAAAUCCUAUGAAAAAUUUACCUGAUGCAUUAGAGGAGGGUAAAAAAAGAUUAGAAGCAGGAGAUUUACCAAGUGCUAUACUUUGUUUUGAAGCAGCAGUUCAACAAGAUGAAAAUAAUUCUGAAGCUUGGCUGCUUCUUGGUAAAACACAAGCUGAAAAUGAGCAAGACCCACUGGCUAUUUCUGCAUUGAAACGUUGUCUAAGUUUGGAUCCUGCAAAUGGUGCUGCUCUAAUGGCACUUGCAGUUUCAUAUACAAAUGAAUCUUAUCAAAAUCAAGCAUGUGUAACUCUUAAAGAAUGGUUAUUAAAAAAUGAAAAAUACAAGCAUCUUUCUGUACAAAAGGCUAGCACGGAACAACAACCGAAAUCUAGUGUAUCGUCUAUUCUAUUUGACGAUGUACACGAAGAAGUAAAAAAUCUUUAUAUUCAAGCCGCACGAAUGAAUCCGUGGAAGGAAAUAGAUGCAGAUGUGCAGUGUGGAUUAGGAGUACUUUUUAAUUUAUCUAACGAAUAUGACAAAGCUAGUGAUUGUUUUCAAGCAGCGUUACAAGUACGCCCUCAUGAUUCCAGAUUGUGGAAUAGAUUAGGUGCAACUUUGGCUAAUGGUCAGAAAUCGGAGGAAGCUAUAAAUGCAUACCAUCAUGCCUUAAAGUUAUCACCUGGAUUUAUUAGAGCUCGUUACAAUCUCGGAAUUUCUUGUAUUAAUCUUUGUGCAUAUAAAGAAGCAGGUGAACAUCUUGUAGUAGCCUUAAAUCAACAAGCUGCAGGUCGCGGAUUGCAAGGCGAAAGUUUGUCACCGAAAGCAAUGUCGAAUUCUAUUUGGUCAACAUUGAGACUUGUUGUUUCGCUAAUGCACAAAUACCACUUAAACGAAGCUAUAGAAAACAGAGACCUAACAAGGUUGAACAAGGAGUUUGAAAUUGUAUAAAAACUUGUAAACUUAUUGAACUUGUUUGUUAAAAAGUAUAAACUCUUUUUAACUUAGUA